CUCCCAUCCCUCCCCAUCGCCCUACACCUCCCUCCCCCUCCCCUCUACUACUCUCAUCGUCAUCAUACCGGCCAUCAUGGCGACCGUCCGCGCAACUCUCUUCUUGUCCGCAGUCCGCAUCAAUGUCGCCUAGGUGCGCGCAUUGAUCGUACUCGAUUGAAACACACAAGAGAGGCACAGGCGAUAGAGCGAAGAGAGCUUCGCCACAGGGUCUGCUACCAGCAUCAACAAGCCCUUCUGUUGCCUGCUAGAUACUUAUUCAAGCAGUAAAGUAUCAGCAUCUACAUCUCGCGCAAUCAGAUACCUACGAGCUACGCUGCAGGAAGCAACGCCCUUCGUCCCUCCAAAACAUCGCCAUCAGGAAACCACCCGUCAAUCAUCGUUACAGGAAUCAUGCAGCCAGGCGACCGCUCGGCCGGUCAUAGUAAAAUAAAUCCGAGCCUCGUCCAGCGUCCCAGAUCAGAGGCGCCUCUUCUCUUCACCGAAGCAAGCGCGCCCUCUCAUCAUCUGCACAAGCGAAUGCCACAUUCAGGCCCUGCUCAAGAAGUAGCAGCGGCCUUGUGUCUUUCGCCCUGUGCAACCACAGCCGUGCUUGCUCAUAUGGGAGAGCAACGCACGAGCACCCAUCUUAUCGCAAAAGCAUCCAUCAACCCUCAUCUCGACCAGACUUUGGCAAGCGCAGCGUUGCGCUACCCGAGCCCAGUUUCAGAUGAUGGCUGUGUUAUUGCUACAACCACUACUACUACCACUCACACGACCACUUUUCUCGCUCCCGGUCGGCUUCCACCAAAGCUGUCGCGUGAGCCGGCACGCAAGUACGCCUAUGUUGACUCCCUUGUUGAUAUGGCGACUUUGUUUGUCGAAAGUCUUUGGCCCCUAAGGGGUGAUGCUGCCGCAUGUCACGCAAAACGCGCUGAACUCAACGCCUUCCUCACCACUACCAUUCGCGUCAGCAAGACAAGUUUGAGUACCAUGCAACUCACCCUCUUCUACUGCCUCCGACUCUGCAGAGAUCAACAAUCUCCUUCUGCUAUGCAACUCCCCGCAGCAGACCGUUGUCCCUGUCCGCGUCUCAACUUUCUGAGUGCCUUGAUUCUCGCCAGCAAGUAUUUACAGGAUCGCAAUUUCUCAAAUCGAGCAUGGUCAAAAAUCUCUGGUGUACCCAUCGACCUGCUCAACCUACGAGAACGUCAAUUCCUGCGUAUUGUUGGAUGGAAUCUUACACUCAGUCAACAAGGCUUUCAGCUCUGGGCGCAAUACUUGGAACGCUUUGUGACAGAUGUUAGGGAUAACUUGUUGUUUGGUGAUAUCCUACUCUGUCGAGAGCGUUGGCAAUUUGUUGUUGAGAAGCAACUCGUUCCAGCCGCUGAAGCAGAUCUAACACACGUCAUCGCAGUGUGUGGAUCACCCCUUGCUGGACCACAACUCACCGUGUGUGCAGAAAAGGCAGCAUCAGCAACACCCAUGCGGUCUUACUCUGCGCCCGUCUUAUUGACAACACCACCUCUGCAUUGGACGACCGAGACGAUCGCAGCAACAUUGGAAGAUCACGUUGUUGCUGCUGGAAACCUCUCGACUUGUCCAUUCUUUGAUGAGUUUGUCAAGACCACACCAAAAGACUCACCACUCGUAUUGUGUGGUCAUCCAUGCACCGUGUCAUCGGCAAUCAAGGAGGAUACUGUACAGCAGUGCCCAUUGACGCCUGUCUCGUUGCAGAAUGAUGGUGAUUCACCGGCUGGCUCCAUCUUAUUGGAAGAGACGGGUGAUGACGAAGAGACAUAUUGUCUCGUCACGCGCGUCUGCGACAAGCGUCGACGCAGUGAGGAUGAGGCAUUGCCUGUGACUGUAAAACGCGCUCGUUUGAGCCAUCUAGAGUCUUUGUACUCUUAGAAAUAUCACUGAAGCGAGUUCUUCGUAGUUUGAAGAUUCUCAUCUAUGUCUUCCAUGUAGCCAAUAGGUCAUUAUAAGAAAUGAGUUUGAAAUUGAA